CCUGCAUCUCCGGCCCCCUUGCACUGCAGGGGGCCCUGAGAUUGCGGGGCCUGCCCGCCCGCCCUGUCGGCCCCGGCUUGCGCCUGCGCGUUCGUCGUUGUCUGCCUGCUUCUCCCCCCUCUUCCCCCUCCGCCGGGCAGCACAGCCUGCCUGGGGCUCGGGUGGCGGCGUGUCAGGACAUAGCAGAGCCCAUGCAGGGAGCGGGGAUUGGAGGGGACGUCUCGGCCCAGGGCUGCAGCCUCACUCGGACUCGCCAGCGUUCCCCGUCUUGGGGUCCUGAAGGUUAUGCUGGCCGCUCUCGUGUUCCCAGGGCCCUCGCGGGGUCGCAGGGCCGCGGAAGAACGGCUCGAGGUGGACAGCUGGUCUUGGGGGAAAGGCCCCGGGUGCCCCCGUUCUCCCCCCCGGCACGCCAGUCCAGCGGCCGACAGUUUUCAGACGGCGGCGGAAGCAAACGUUGCCCCCUCUCCAGGAGAUGACAAUAUUCUUUCACUCGGGGCACCUCGAGCGGUCCACAUGGAGACCCCUCAUGGGGGGGCGAGUCUCACCCUCCCUGUGGUAUUGAUUGCCCCAAGGUGCAUGGCCAGAUACGCAUCAUGUCUCCGGAGGCCCUGGUGAGCCAGUUCCCCGUCACGAAGGGCCGGAUUGACGGCACGACAUCCAUGUUCGGGGCCCCGUUCUACGGUUUGCGCAUUCUCGGCAGGGUCGUGUUCGCAGAGUCGCCAUCUGCUCACUGCCAGAGUGACGAUUAUUCUCUUCCAGUCCAGAGCUCGGCUGGCACCAGCGCGCGCUCUGCCCUCAUCAACAUAGUCAUGAUGCGGCGGGGAAAUUGCACGUUUGUCAGGAAGGUACACUUGGCAGAAAAGUUCAAGGGCGCCCACGCUGCGAUUAUUGUUGACACAGAAGACUCGGGUAGGACAAGGGCCGACAUCGCACGUGUGGUCAUAGCAGACGACGGUCAUGGCACAAACGUCAACAUCCCGUCCAUUCUGAUCGCUUUCGAAGACGGCAAACGUCUCAUUGACGCAGUUGCGAGCGACAAGCUGGUCAUCGUGGAGCUUGCGUGGGACGUUCCGCUAGAACCAGUGGUGGUCAUGGACCUCUGGAUGAGCUCUGGGUCGCAUGAGGCCAACCAUUUCUUGCAGACAUUCUCGCCGAGGCGCAAGGCGCUCAACGAGGCAAUCAAGUUCGUCCCGCACUAUCACGUAUUCAAUAUUGCGCGGUCCACGGACCACGACGCCCAGAAAUAUUCUUCGUCUCUGUGUACAAACAACUCUGGUCUUUUCUGCGCCGACGACCCAGACGGCCCUGGGGGCGUGACAGGCAGAAUGGUGUUGGAGGAGGACGUGCGCCAAUUAUGCAUUCACGGCCUCGCGAACGUGAGCCGAGUGCACGCGGACGGUAGUAUAGCGUACGACAGUCAUAAACGGGAGUACGCGGAGAAAUAUUGGGACUAUUUGGAGAGGUUCUGGACCGAGUGCCCCUCUGACGCCGAGGAGAGCGUCAGUGCAGCGCACCGCUUUGGUCUGCAGUGCUCCGAGAGGCUUGCUCGCGAUGUCGGCAUAGACAUCGAGGCGGUCAGGAGGUGCACCUCGGAGCGUUCAGAGGAGCUCCUCCUCCAGCAGCUCGAGGCCCCCGCCUGGUCGCCCCGGGCGCUUCGCAUCAACGGCUGGCGGUACGCCGGUGCCCUCGACGCGGAGCCCGAUGGAAUGAGAGUCGGAGGUGCCCAACGCCCUCGAGUUCCCCACGUCCGCGAAUGCGAGCAACGCCAGCGCCAGGCAUUUGUUCCCGCGCGCCCUUCCAUUCGGACCAGAGCUGGUGACGCAGGCCGUCUGUUCGGCGUUCACCUCGCAGCCGGACGCGUGCCGCCAGGAACUCGAGGAGCAGGACGGGAACCGCCGGAGAGGCCAGCGAUGGAGGGGCCGGGCGGGGGCGUGGGCUACGGCACGUUGUGCACGGUGGUACUGUUCGUGUGCGCGGUGAGUUGCGGUGCCUGGACGCUCUGCAGGCGCUCGGUGCACAAGCAGAUCCACAGGGCCCUGCACGAUGAGGUGGUGCUCGAGGUGCAGUCGCAGAUGGACUCGUACCGGCAGCUCAGCGGCUCCUGAGCCUGGAUCCCUGCGAAUUGCAGACGCGGCUGGGGGGACGGAAGCUGUGGCGCCCGUCGCAAGUCGCUGUCGGAGGUCCGCGCGGAUAUCUUGGGGGUCGGCCCUGGCCCUGGGCCUCCCUGGCGGCGCAGCCGGUCCCUCUCCUGGCCAGCUUGUCGCGGGGAUGACCAGGGCACCAGGCCCGUGGAUGAGGAGGGUG